UACGAAAGUAUUCUAUUCGGACAGUAUAAAAACCGAAGUCGAUUCAGUUGGGUCAAGUAGUCGAUACAUUCAAACCAUACUAAAAUGUUCAACAAAACGAUUGUCAUAGCCCUCCUUGUGUGCGCCUGUUACCUUGGCACCAUUGAGGCUCGCCCCGGACUUACCGAUGUGGUCUCUGGACCAGCUGGACAGAUAGCCGGGCCAUUGGCACUUGGAGCUCUAACUGGAGGUGCUGGAGGAAUAGCUAGUUCCCUUCCUGCUCAAUUGACUAGUGCUCUUGGCCAGCCAGGACCUUUGGCUCAAGGACUUGGAGGAAUUACCGGAUAAUCCUUUCAACACUUCAGAAGCUCUUAGACAACUUCUUGUCAAGCAAAACAAUGUUUCAAGCAAAGCGUAUUUAAUUUAGCAUAAUUCGUCAAACUUUAAUUACAAAUAAAGUAACGUUUUGAGCAUUUAAAAA